CGGGCAGGCAUGCGGGCCAAGAGGGUACACCGAUCUCCGACGACAUGAUCUUUUAAACACAUCCGCAAGCAGAUCAACGACUCAAGCCGCCUUCCUUCUCUAGGGGUAGGACGCGGAGCUCCGUGGCAGCUUGGCCCAGGGGCGCCGCCUCGCCUGGGAGGGCGCGGCCCCAGCGAUGGUGGCCUGCCUGGGAGGGCCCGCGGGGCUGCUCGCCCUCGCGCUGCUGGCCGUGCCGGCGUCCACGGCGGCGGGCGCCGCCGCCGCGGGCAGCACGGGCAAGGACGAGGUGGCCCGCCAGCAAGAGCGGCAGACGGAGGAGGAGCACCGGUACGGGGCCCCCGGCGCGGGCGCGGAGAGACGCGGCCAGGAGGGCAAGUCCGCCCCGCAUGCCAGCAGGAAGCCGUGGUGCGGGCCAGACUUCUGCUACUCCGAGGACGGUGCCAGCUGCUUCGAGAAGUACCGCGCAGACUACUGCAUGCACAGGGUGUACGUCUGCAUGAAGAACUUCUUCGGGGGGGGAGACUGCAAGCACCUGGCGCUCGGCGUCGGCGCCAUCGCCGACCGCCUCAGCGACGUCGGGGACCGCCUCGUCCAGCCCGAGCCGCCGCCGCCGGCGGAGUGGUCCGCGGCAGGCUGGGCGGCGGCGCUGUCGACCGCGCUGCUGUCGGUCGCCGUGGCGGCCAGCGCCGUCUCGAGGGCGUCCGAGCUGCUCUGCAGGCCGGCGGCGAGGGGCGUGGACAAGUCGCCGCUGCUGGGCUGAGCGGCCGACGCUCCUCGGAGGAGGGCGGCUAUCGAGGCAGCAGUAUAGCCGACCUUUUGAGGGGGCCCCCCUCGCGGCCACAGCUGGGCGCAGCUCGGGAAGCUGGGGCGUCUGGGCCCCGCGAGGGGUCCGGGGGCCGAGUGUGCGCUGCCGCUGUCUCGGCUCGCCCUGCUCCGACCUCCUCUGGUCCGCCUGGACAUGUCGCCGUGCCUGGGCUGAGGGGGCCAGCCUUCCUCUCCCGCCUUCCUUCUUGGGGUUGGAACACAAUGUCCCCACCCCACCUGCACCCUAACCAGGUUGUGGGAUUCUGGCGCCAAGUUUGGCAGCACCCAGCUCGCGGGCAUGCCUGUUGACUGCCUUGGUGUGGCCCUGGGCUGUAUAGGAUUCUUUUGACCCGGCGCACAUUGGGAGAGCUCGCUUGAUGUGUUUUGGCGGCGGGGUUUCUACGUGCGCUUUUCAGGACGCAGGGAGCGACACGCGCAUCGGUCACCAGAGCUGGAAUAGCCUGUGCCGAUGAUUAAUUCUGAAGUUUGUGCACAUGACGCCGCAGCAUCGUACAGACCGUCGCCAGCCCAAUGCCCCCCUGCACCUCUGAUGUCUGAUCGUACGUGCGUUCUCAAGAGAAAACUACAGGAAAUGAGCUCGAGUCGCGAUGUCGACCCCCCA